AUGGACGAGGCAGAAGAGAUCAUCAAAAAAUGGCUGACCACCGAAAGGGCGCCCGAUUUGGAAUUCGGCGGCAUUUACAAAGCGACCAUCGUCGAACUGAGAGACAUCGGUGUUAUGGUGGCUCAUCCUUCAGCCCUAGGGCUGGAAAUCGGCCAAGAAUUACAAGUGAAAUAUUUCGGGAGGGAUCCAGUUUCAGGACUGAUGAGGCUUUCCAGGAAAGUUCUGCAAGCUAAUGUGCGAUAG